AUGGGUACUGAACGAACAAAACUCCUGUGCUAUGCUGAUGACGCUUUGGUGUUUAUCCAUGACUCCAAUGAUUUGACCCGGUUACAGCUCCAUAUGACUCGUUACUGUGCUGCCUCCAACGCCAAGUUUAAUAAUGCCAAGGUGGAAGCCUUUUCAGUAUCUGGUCGGGAUACGUGGGAUAUGUGGGAUAUGUGGGAGGGUCCAUUAUCUCAAAUGGGCAUCACACAUCUUCAUUCUGUUGAGAACGAUGAACCGUUAACCUAUCUGGGAUUUCCCCUCGUCCAAAGUAGGAUACAACGUGUUCAUUUUAUGGGUGCUUUGGUAACCAAGAUCAAAACUGCCAUCCAGAUUCAUUCUGGUCGCUCCUUGUCGGUCGUUGGAAAGGCUACAGUGCUGAACUCUCUUUUGCUGUCCAAGCUAUGGUACAUCCUGCGUGUUACGCCUUUGACUCAAGCGGAUUUCAAGCAGCUGCGCUCUCUGGCUAUUCAGUUCUUGAGAAGAAACAUCUUCCCAAGUCGUUUGAUGCGGCCCCGAUCAAUACUGCAACUGCCAUGGCUCUUCCAUUACAUGCGGCUUUCUAUGUUCCUCCAUCCUCCUCACUGGUUGUUCCUCUUAAAGUCAAAGAGAUGA